ACGCCGCGAGGUCUUCUUCGGGAUUUCGAUUCCAAAUCACGGAAGCCCUAGAUGAACGAAAGGGGAGCCGCAAAUUUUGAGAUCAAAAUAAUCUCUUGAUUCUAGUUCUCCAUCUGAUCUUGCGGACGAAGCAGAAGCAGCGGUAACUCCUACUCUACCGAUCAAUAUUUUUCUCCUUCAAAAGAUGAUGCGAACAUCUGCUGUUAGUAAAUUAUUCGGUCUGAGUUCCUCAAUUGAGACCAUAAGCCAUCAGUUUAUCCAAAGAUGCUCAGUUAGUGGAACUGCAAAAGGUAAAGGAAAGGUGAAAGGCGGCCAAGUAUUGAAGCGGUCAAAAGUUACAAUCAAGAAAGGAGGGAAACCAGCAACAACCGAAACUGUGGAAAAAUACAGGGAAGAUAGUGAAAAAGGAAGGUUCAAUAAAAUGCUGGACGAAUGUUUGAAUACUCAAGCUCCCAUCAGGCACUUGAAGCCAAAAGAAGUAAAAAGGGAAGCCGAAAGAGAGAAGAUGGGAUUGAUUAGCAAAGCUAGGGCUCAAGAGAUCGAUAAGCUGAAAAAGAUGAAGAAAUCAGCGGCUGAAUCUCCAUCUGUUAUGGGAACUCCAGGUCUGGAUUAUAUUUCGUUAGGGCUGGUUGAUGCUGAUAAGAUUCCCAAGUAUGAGAUAACUGUAGAAGAUGGUAAGCGGUUGGCGAAGGAGUAUAGUAGGGUUAUGAUGAGAAAACAUAGGGCUAGACAGGCAGCUGAGUCGAAUCUGUUGAGGAUGAAGAAAGAAGCCAUUGAAGCUUUGCCCGAGAAUUUGAAAGUUGCUGCUUUGGUGCCUGAUCUUACGCCAUUUCCGGCUAAUAGAUUUAUGGCAACUUUAACACCUCCUAUUGAAGGAUACUAUGAGAAGAUGAAGGAAGCUGCCAAUAGAAGCUCAGGAAAACAAAAGCUUAGAUGAUCAUCAUCACAUUCAGAGGUUAGAAAUUUUAAUAAUAAUUUUCUUUCAUGCUAAUGAUUUCUUGCAAGUAUGCAAUUCCUGCCAUCUUUAAUUUCAUCGAAAAGCAUCAUGCUCCAAACAUUGUGACAAUUGUGAUAAUGAUCAUUUCAAACUUGUAAUGGAAUUAUUUAA